CCGCUUUCACAGUCACAGCUAGACUCAGAAGUCAUGGGCACGUUACAGUCAGGAGGCACUGAAAACAUUUCUGACUACACAGGUUAUCAGGUCUGCAAUCUCAACAGUGUAAGGUCAUUCAGCCAAAUCUUCCUGCCCAUCCUCUAUAGUAUUGUCUUCUUUGUGGGGUUUAUUGGUAAUAGUCUGGUGCUAUGUGUGCUGUUCAAAUAUCACAAAAGAUCAAAUGUGACAGAACUGUGCCUUUUCAACCUAGCACUUUCGGACCUUCUCUUCCUUAUCUCACUGCCUUUCUGGGCUCACUAUGCUGCUAUUGCUAAGUGGAUCUUUGGCAGCUUCAUGUGCCAUGCAGUGACAGCACUCUACAUGCUGGGAUUCUAUGGGAGUAUCUUCUUUAUGAUCCUUAUGACUGUACAUCGGUAUGCUAUUACUGUCCAUGUGCAUACGUCCCACUACUUAAAGCAGUGGUCUGUCAGAACUGGCACACUGGUAAUGUUGUUUAUGUGGGCACUUAGCUUAGGAGCCUCCCUACCAAACAUAAUUUUCUCUCAAGUGAAGAAUGAAUCAGAUGGAUGGACUUGCGGGGUGACAUAUCCAAAUGGGACACUAUGGAAGUCAUUCUCUUACAUUGAGCUAAACAUCCUCGGCUUGAUCAUUCCUCUGUCAGUAAUGGUGUUCUGCUACUCACGUAUCAUCCCCAUCUUGAUGGCUAUGAAAUCUCAGAAGAAACAUAAAUCUGUCAAGCUCAUCUUUGUCUUAGUCACAGUUUUCUUCCUCUUCUGGACACCCUACAACAUUGUCAUCUUCCUGAAGCUCCUGCAAAACUAUGACUACAUGAACACCUGUAAGUGGCAUCAGGACCUGGACAUGGCUAUGCAGUGGGUGGAAACAUUAACAUUUAUUCACUGCUGCCUUAACCCAAUAAUCUACACCUUUGUGGGACAAAAAUUCAGAAUUUUAUUUCAAAAGAUCCUAAAAGAGUGGUUUCCUUUUUGCUUUGGCCAGGAUCCGACAAUUAUGAGUAAUUUCUCAGACAGAAAGAGCUAUAUGUCCUCAAAUUCUCAUAAAACCACAUGUGAAAAUAUUGUGUAGCCUAAACUGUGUAAGUGUAGGAGAUGAAACAUAAGUUAACACGACAGAAUUAAAGCUGAAGCUGCCUUUGCAUGUUAUCACCAAAGCUCAAA